AGAGAACCCUAAGCAGACUACCUGCUGAGUGCUGAGCCCAACGCAGGGCUCUCUCCCAGUAUCCUGAGAUCAUGACAGGCCAAAUCAAAAGUCAGACUCUCCAGGUACAGUGGAUUAUUUUUUUUUCUUAAGAGCUUUUUGUUAAUAAAUAAGCCCUUUUGCUUAUAGGAGACUGUAAAUAAAUCAUUUUUUCACUUCAGCUAAAGUAAGUUUUGCAUAAAGUUUUUUUUUUAUCUAUAGAGUUUUCCUCUUAAAAGUUUCUGGCUAGUGUUCAUACUUAUUAUUAGAAAGACCUGCCCCAUGAUGAUAUUACUGAACUUUUAACCUUUAUUGCUUUAUAGAAUUUUUUUUUUUUUUAAAGAUUUAUUUGUUUUAGAGAGAGAGUGUGCUUGCGAAUAAGCACUGAUGGGAGGAGGAAUAGAGGGAGAGGGAGAAUGUCAAGCAGACUCCCCACUGAACGCAGAGCCAGAUACAGGGCUCAAUCUCAGGACCCUGAGAUCAUUACCUGAGCUGAAAUCACAAGUCAGACACUUAAAUGACUGAGCCACCAACAAACCCUGCCUUAUAGAAUUUGUUAGUUCCUUACUUUAACUUUAAGAUCUCAACUCCUCUGGGUAGCUGAAGACAGUGGUAACCACUUAACUACCUGUCUCCCAACAUUUCCUCCAAAAGCAGUACAGAGCUACAAGAAGAGUAAAAGAAAUCUAUACAUAAACUAUGUUCAUGGCAUAAGUUGAAGUCAGAGAAAACCAAAUUUUGAAAAUAAUUCUAAGGGGAGAAAACCCACCAAUUCUCAGUAUAUUAUCUCUCACACUCUUGUUUUUUCCCAACCCUCAGCAAGGCUUUGUAGUGAGCAAAAUCCAACCAAGCAGAUUUGCAGAAAACACACAAGAUGGAAGCUACCAAGUGGACCUAGGGUUAACCUGCUCUGCCACUCCACACUAACUUCAAAAUUGUGGGUGUGUAUGUAUGAUAGAGCAGAACACAAACUAUAGGAAGGUCAUUUAAAAUGGAAUGAUUUACAAAAGUCAUCUUCUAAAUGUGUAUCUUCAGGGUUAAGACAAAAGGUAAAAAGAAGACAAACUCCCUUUGGUAUUUAAGUGUUGAAGAAAAGCACGUUGGGAAGUUUUAGGUUCCUGCAAGACAAGGUGAACACAAAAUCAGUCUUAUAAUGCUCCCUCCACCCCCAGCAAGACAAAAAGAAAAAAUAUCCUAAAUACCUGGCCCUCAGAGUAUUUGUUAAUUUCCUUUUAAACUAGGAAUCUUGUAAAAUAUCCCAAUACUGCAAAAAAGAUAAAAAGGGAGGAUUACUAAAAGUAUAUAUAGUUGUUACCAAAAAAGAAGAGCUUCGUUGUAUACCAACUGAGGAAAAUUCAUCUCCACCCCAGAAAAAAAAAAAAAGUCAGAUGAAAACUGACCAUACUUAGAUACAAACAUAUUCAAUCAAGCAUUUGAGGACAUUUUUUAAAAAUGUAAAAUCAGAAAUUCAAAAACCAAGAAAUGAAAACGGGAAGAAAAGUGGAAUAAAGAGUACAAACUCGGUAAAGAAAUGGAAGGCAUAGGAAAAAAAAAUACUGAUAAUAUAUAUAUAAAAUAAAUAAAUUAUAGGAUGUCCCAGGGAGAAUACAGUCAAAUGAAAGUUUAAUAAGGUGCCUCGAACAAAUCAAAAGUACAAUGAGAUAGCACCUUAACACCUAUCAAAAUGGCUAAAAUCAAAAGACAAGAAAUAAGGGAGGGUUAGUGAGGAUGUGGAGAAAAAGGAAUCCUCAUACACUGUUGGUGGGAAUGUAAAUUGCUAUAACCAUUGUGAAGAACAGCAUGGAGGUUCCUCAAAAAAUUUAAAAAAAGAAAUACCAUAUGAUACAGUAACUCCACAACUGGGUAUUUACCCAAAGAAAACAAAAACACUAAUAUGAAAAGAUACAUGUCCUCCUAUGUUUAUUGCAGCACUAUUUACAAUAACCAAGAUUUGGAAGCAACCUAAGUGUUCAUUGAUAGAUAAAUGGAUAAGGAAGAUACAGUAUAUAUUCAGUGGAAUAUUAAUCAGCCAUAAAAAAGGAUGAGAUCUUGAGGGUAUUAUGCUAAAGAAAUAAGACUGGAAAAGACAAAUACCAUAUUGAUUUCACUCAUGUGGAAUCUGAAAAAAAGAAUGAACAAAAAGCAGAAUCAGACCUAUAAAUAGAACAAAGUGAUGGUCAGAGGGGAAGGGAGUGGAGGUUGGGCAAAAAUGGGUGAAUGGGAGCGGGAGAUAAAGGCUUCUGGUUAUGGAAUGAAUAAAUUACAGGAAUGAAAGGUACAGCAUAAGGAAUAUAGUCAGUGAUACUGUAAUAUAUGUUAACAGAUGGUAGCUGCAUUUGAGCAUAGCAUAAUAUGUAAACUUGUCAAAUGACUAUGUUGUAUACCUGAAACUAAUAUAACUGUGUGUCAACUACACUUUAAUUAAAGGAAAUAAGAAUUGAAGAAAGGGGAAAAGCAAGUAAAUGAAAAUGACAAAAAGAAUAAAGUAGAAAGUGUCAGAGAUACUAUGUGCUUGAAAGUUACUAAGAGAGCAGAUUUUCAAGUUUCUUACCACAGAAAUGAAAUGGUAAAUAUGUGAUGUGAUGGAGGUGUUAGCUAAGGCAGUGGUGAUCCUCAUUUUGCAAUAUAUAAAUGUAUCAAAACAACACAUUGUAUACCUUGAAUUUACACAAUCUUAUAUGUGAAUUCUAUCUCAAAGCUGGAAUAAAACAAAUGGCAGAGAAAAAUUGAAGAUAGGCAAUGAAAGGAUAACAUUCAUAAUUCAGUGUCUCAGGAGAGGAAAAUCCAUGGAAAGCAACUAUGUUUAAAGCAAUAUUUAAUGAAAAUUGUUUAGAAAUUGAAAAAAGAUUCAAAUCUACACACACUUACUAAAGGGUCUACUGGGUACUGGGGAAGUGAGCCCAGGAUGAUCAUUUCUAAGACAUUUCCUAAUAAAAUUAUUUGAUUUCAAAGAUAAAAAUCCUUUAUGUCUACAGGCAGAAACACGACAUAACUUCCAAAGGCAAACGAAUUGCACUGAUUCAGACAUAUAAAAAUCCACUGGGGGGUGCCUGGGUGACUCAGUUUGGUUAAGCAUCUGACUUGUGAAUUCAGCUCAGGUAAUGAGCUCAUGGGGCGUGAGACUGAGCCCCGCGUAGGGCUCCGUGCUCAGAAGGGAAUCUGCUUAAGAUUUUCUCCCUCUACCCCUUCCCCCACUCUGACAUGUUCUCUCUUUCUCUCUCUAAAAUAAAUGGUUCUUUUUUUAAAAAAGAAAUAUUAAAAACCCACUGGGACAACCAAAACAAGGCUCAAGUAGAGCAGCCUUUAAAAAAGAGAGAGAAAGUGUGUGCCUGGGUGGCUCAGUUGGUUAAGCGACUGCCUUCAGCUCGGGUCAUGAUCCCGGAGUCCCGGGAUCAAGUCCCUCAUUGGGCUCCCUACUUAGCAGGGAGUCUGCUUCUCCCUCUGACCCUACCCCCUCUUGUGCUCUCUCUCUCUCUCUCACUCUCUCUCUCUCUCUCAAAUAAAUAAAUAAAAUCUUUAAAAAAGAGAGAAAGUAUGAACUAAGGAUUUUAGGUCAGCCACAUUGUCCUUAUCAAGGUUAUGGAAAAACGGUACUCAGCAUAAAAGAACUUAGGGAAUUAUGCACCCAUGAGCUGUUUUUAAGGAAUCUGCUAGAGGAUAUUUUAUUCAACUGAGAAAUAACCAGAAAAACCUCCAAAAGAAACAAUGAUGAUCUUUUUUUUUUUUUUAACAAUGAUGAUCUUUAAAAUACGUAAGUGUAUUAGUAAGACUAAAAGGUAGAGAUGUGAAGGAAAGACUACUAUAUGUUGUGACAGAAUAGCUGUAAUAAAAGGAAGAAAAGGAAAAGGGAGAGUGAAAUAGGAAAAAGAAUAAGCUUAUUGAUGGUUGUUUGUUGCAUAAAGAAUAGGUGAGAGUGUUAAAAUAACAAUAAAAACUCCUCAACUGGGUAAUUAUAAAGUUUGGGAUUUGAUAACUCUCUAAUCUAAUAGUUUACUGUUUCAUGGAUAUUGGCAGAAGACAUAAGACUUGUGGGUCAGAAACAACUUUUUUUUUUACUUGUGGUAUACCGAGUAGCAUAUCAUUAGCAUAUUUCUGUAGAUUUCCUCUUCCUAGAUCUCAUGGAGGCAGUACUGGGUGGCCUAUGGUGAUGCUACACACAUAGUAGGUUUGCACUGCAACUAAGAAUCCCUGAGUUUGGGGAAUAUACUCUUUUUUUUUUUUUUGUAGCCUCAGCUGAGUUUAUUGAUACACGAGGUUAACUGGAGAGUAAGGGACUUGGCAGGGUUGGGGGACUUCAGGGCCCUGGGACUCUCUGAAUCCCAGGGCUGUAAGGGCUUGGGGUCUUCUCAAGUUCUUCCCUUUUAGAGAUGACGUGCUGGAGGUACAAAGGGUCCGGGGGUAGGUCCGGACUGAAAGUGGGACAUCGUCCUGACCAAGGGAGGUCAAGGAGCCCCGUUGGCCGAGCUCAGGGCCACAGUGCGCUGCGCCAGGAAGACCUUAUUCCGCGCCUCCGUCUCUGUCUGGCGUUUGAGCUCAGAGAUGAGACGUCCAUAGGAGUUAGCCAAGGCCACGGUAUAUGCCAUCAGGAUGCUGGAGAUUAACAGAAGAGGCACAGCAAAAGCUUGGGUCCCCAGGAAAAAUAGAAAGUUCUGUACGGUCUGAGGGAAGCUGGAAAUAGACUCAGGGAUCUGGGCCCAGAUGGACGAAUGCCCUUGGAAUGGACCACACAGCUUAGAAGGUGGGAUCAGGAAGAUGCUGUAAAGCAUGGUAACAGCGGAGACGGCCAGACCCAGGAGAAGGACCAUGGGGAAAAAGAAAUUCGCUGUGGAAGCCCGAAAAGUGCGGGAAGCUGGGGAGCAGGUGGAGAAAAGGAUGAACUUUUAUUGCGAACAAGCCUGCUCGUUUUUCAGCAGGAAACUACCUCAUCCUUCAGGAUUGCUCACUACAAGCACAACUCUGAGAAAUGGCCCAGUUAAUGAGUGGUUAGGACUGUGCAUUCUUGGCAAAUGCAACAAACUGUGUAGAAGCACAACAGGCCCCGGGAAGACUAUGUUUCACCACAGAUAGUAAAAGAGAGGUAGAGAAUUCCAAAGAUAAUGAAGACAGUAUUCUACAAAGAGAAAUUCCUGCCAGACAGUCUCGACGAAGGUUUCGGAAAAUUAAUUAUAAAGGAGAGCGUCAAACUAUUACUGAUGAUGUGGACAUUAACAGCUAUCUUUCCCUUCCGGCCGAUCUUACCAAGAUGCACAUCACAGACAACCCUCAUCCACAGGUGACUCAUGUGUCUUCUAGUCAGUCUGGUUGUAGCAUCGCCAGUGACUCUGGGAGCAGCAGUUUAUCUGAUAUCUAUCAGGCUACGGAAAGUGAGGUAGGAGAUGUAGAUUUAACACGUCUCCCAGAAGGACCCGUUGAUUCUGAAGAUGAAGAAGAGGAAGAUGAAGAGAUUGAUCGAACAGAUCCACUACAGGGGCGAGAUCUUGUUCGAGAAUGUCUCGAGAAAGAACCUGCAGACAAAACUGAUGAUGACAUUGAACAAUUACUGGAGUUUAUGCACCAGCUCCCUGCUUUUGCAAACAUGACCAUGUCUGUAAGGAGAGAACUCUGCUCAGUGAUGAUUUUUGAAGUGGUAGAGCAGGCUGGAGCUAUUAUUCUUGAAGAUGGGCAAGAGCUUGACUCAUGGUAUGUUAUUUUAAACGGCACUGUAGAAAUCACUCAUCCAGAUGGAAAAGUUGAAAAUCUCUUUAUGGGAAAUAGUUUUGGAAUUACUCCCACUCUGGAUAAGCAAUACAUGCAUGGAGUUGUUAGGACUAAAGUAGAUGAUUGUCAGUUUGUCUGCAUAGCCCAGCAGGAUUAUUGGAGAAUUUUAAAUCAUGUGGAGAAAAAUACCCAUAAAGUUGAGGAAGAGGGAGAAAUUGUUAUGGUGCAUGAGCACCGUGAACUAGAUCGGAGUGGAACCAGGAAAGGACACAUUGUAAUCAAGGCAACACCUGAGCGUCUCAUUAUGCAUUUAAUAGAAGAACAUUCUAUUGUGGACCCAACUUAUAUAGAAGAUUUCCUACUAACUUACAGGACAUUUCUUCCAAGUCCUUUGGAUGUUGGGAUCAAACUACUGGAAUGGUUUAAAAUUGACAAUUUACGGGAUAAGGUGACACGGAUUGUGUUAUUAUGGGUAAAUAAUCAUUUUAAUGAUUUUGAAGGUGAUCCUGCUAUGACUCGAUUUCUGGAGGAAUUUGAAAAAAAUCUGGAAGAUACAAAAAUGAAUGGUCAUCUCCGGUUAUUGAAUAUUGCCUGUGCUGCAAAGGCCAAAUGGAGACAGGUGGUGCUGCAAAAGGCUUCCCGGGAGUCCCCUCUACAUUUCAGCCUUAACGGAGGGAGUGAGAAGGGGUUUGGUAUUUUUGUUGAAGGAGUAGAACCUAGUAGCAAAGCUGCUGAUGCUGGACUGAAACGUGGUGAUCAGAUAAUGGAAGUAAAUGGACAAAACUUUGAAAAUAUUACAUUUGUGAAGGCCCUUGAAAUUUUAAGGAAUAAUACUCAUCUUGCACUUACUGUGAAGACCAACAUUUUUGUGUUCAAAGAGUUACUUAGUAGGACUGAACAAGAAAAAUCUGGUAUUCCUCAUAUUCCUAAAAUUGCUGAAAAAAAAAGUAAUCGCCAUUCAAUCCAGGAUGUACCAGGAGAUAUUGAACACACAUCACAGGAGAAAGGAAAUAAGAAAAUAAAAGCAAACACUGUUUCAGGUGGAAGAAACAAAAUCAGGAAAAUUUUGGAUAAAACACGGUUUAGUAUCUUACCUCCAAAACUGUUUAGUGACGGAGGCCUGAGCCAGUCACAAGAUGACAGCAUUGUAGGAACAAGGCACUGCAGGCAUAGUCUGGCUAUAAUGCCUAUUCCUGGAACACUCUCAUCCAGCAGCCCUGAUCUCCUGCAGCCUACCACCAGCAUGUUGGAUUUUUCUAAUCCUUCAGAUAUUCCUGAUCAAGUUAUAAGAGUUUUCAAAGCAGAUCAACAAAGUUGCUACAUUAUCAUCAGUAAAGACACUACAGCUAAAGAAGUUGUUUGUCAUGCUGUUCAUGAAUUUGGUUUGACGGGUGCUUCCGACACAUAUUCUCUCUGUGAAGUUUCUGUUACUCCUGAGGGUGUCAUAAAACAGAGAAGACUUCCAGACCAAUUCUCCAAAUUAGCUGAUAGAAUUCAGCUCAAUGGAAGGUAUUAUUUAAAAAAUAACAUGGAAACAGAAACCUUAUGUUCAGAUGAAGAUGCUCAAGAACUAGUUAAGGAAAGCCAACUCUCCAUGCUGCAGCUCAGUACCAUUGAGGUGGCCACUCAGCUGUCAAUGAGGGACUUUGAUUUGUUUCGUAAUAUUGAGCCUACUGAAUACAUUGAUGACCUUUUUAAGUUAGAUUCCAAAACAGGAAAUACUCACUUAAAAGAGUUUGAGGACAUUGUUAACCAGGAGACAUUCUGGGUUGCCUCAGAGAUUUUAACUGAAUCGAAUCAGCUGAAACGAAUGAAGAUUAUUAAGCAUUUUAUUAAAAUUGCACUUCAUUGUCGAGAAUGUAAGAACUUCAAUUCCAUGUUUGCAAUAAUAAGUGGCUUGAACCUGGCAUCUGUAGCACGACUCAGAGGUACUUGGGAAAAAUUACCAAGCAAGUAUGAGAAACACCUCCAAGAUCUACAAGACCUUUUUGAUCCAUCUAGAAACAUGGCAAAAUAUAGAAAUAUUCUUAGUAGUCAAAGCAUGCAGCCUCCAAUUAUUCCACUCUUCCCUGUUGUCAAGAAAGAUAUGACAUUUCUACAUGAAGGAAAUGACUCCAAAGUAGAUGGUUUAGUGAAUUUUGAGAAGCUAAGAAUGAUUGCCAAGGAAAUCCGGCAAGUUGUUCGAAUGACUUCUGCUAACAUGGACCCAGCUAUGAUGUUUCGACAGAGGAAGAAGAGGUGGCGGAGUCUGGGGUCACUGAGUCAAGGCAGCACAAACUCGAACAUGCUGGAUGUUCAGGGAGGUGCACACAAAAAAAGGGCACGUCGCAGCUCUCUACUUAACGCCAAGAAGCUAUAUGAGGAUGCCCAGAUGGCAAGAAAAGUGAAGCAGUAUCUUUCCAGUCUGGAUGUAGACACAGAUGAGGAAAAGUUUCAGAUGAUGUCAUUGCAGUGGGAACCUGCCUAUGGUACCUUGACCAAGAAUUUAAGUGAGAAAAGAUCAGCCAAAUCAUCAGAAAUGUCUCCAGUGCCUAUGAGAUCGGCAGGCCAAACAGCUAAAGCACAUUUGCAUCAGCCCCACAGAGUAAGCCAGGUGCUCCAAGUGCCAGCUGUUAAUUUGCACCCAAUCAGGAAGAAGGGACAAGCCAAAGACCCUGCCGCAUUGAAUACAAAUUUACCUCAGAAAGUUUUAGGAACAACUGAAGAAAUAAGUGGUAAGAAACAUCCAGAAGAUACUAUCUCUGUGGCAUCAUCUUUACAUUCUAGUCCUCCUGCAUCUCCUCAAGGUUCCCCUCGCAAAGUUGGCAGUAUCCUAUCUGAUCUCAGCAUCCUGCUGCGCCUCUCAGGGCCUUCCUCAUCCCCUCCCAGUGAGUCCAGCACCAAGAUCAGUGGCCAGAACUGCCCCGGAAUAGGUUAUACACUUAUACCGUCAGCUAAAUCUGACAACUUGUCUGACUCCAGCCAUAGUGAAAUUUCUUCACGAUCCAGCAUCGUGAGCAAUUGUUCUGUUGACUCCAUGUCUACAGCUCUGCAGGAUGAACGGUGUUCUUCACAGGUUGUGGCGGUCCCUGAGUCCACUGGGCCUUUGGAAAAGACAGAACACUCCUCAGGGAUAGGAGAUCAUACUCAACUUGGCUCUGGGUGGACAUUGUCAAAGCCAUCUCUCGUCAAGAGUUUAGCUGUCUCCUCUUCUAUGAGUAAUGAAGAGAUUUCUCACGAGCACGUCAUUUUAGAAGCAGCGGAUAGUGGUCGUGGAAGUUGGACUUCCUGUUCAAGCAGCUCCCAUGACAACUUCCAAAGCCUUCCAAACCCAAAAGGCUGGGAUUUUUUGAACUCUUACCGACAUACCCAUUUGGAUGGCCCCAUUGCUGAAGUUGAACCCCCUGACUGUGAGCCCUAUUCCUGCCCUAAAGGCUGCUCUAGAACUUGUGGUCAGUGUAAAGGAAACCUAGAGGCUAAUCAGAUGAGACAGAGUUGGGCCUCCUCCAGUUCUCUGUCUGAUACACAUGAACCAAACUACGGGACUAUUAAACGGAGAGUGUUGGAGAGCAUCGCACCUGAGUCCUCUGAAGGCUUGGACCCCAAGGAUGGCACUGACCCAGUUUACAAAACUGUUACUUCAAGUACAGAAAAGGGCCUGAUUGUGUACUGUGUCACCUCACCCAAGAAGGAGGAUAGGUAUAGGGAGCCACCUCCCACUCCUCCAGGAUACAUGGGGAUUUCUUUAGCGGACCUAAAGGAAGGACCCUACCUACACCUAAAACCUCCAGAUUAUAGUGUGGCAGUGCAGAGGUCAAAGAUGAUGCAUGACAGCCUCUCUAGACGGCCACCAGCUUCUCUCGGUAGCAGCCCCGUGGCCUGUGUUCCAUCGAGGAUUGUAACUCAGCCUCAGAGGCAUAUUUUGCAGCCGUCCCAUCCUAAACUAGCAGAUGUGACUGAUGCAGAUAGCGAAGCAGAUGAAAAUGAACAGGUCUCAGCAGUGUAAGCUUUGGAGGACCCGCUUGAAGUUUACCGAAACCAUCGAGGAAGGAGUGGGCAGAAGCACCUCAUGAUUCCGCGGGCCGUUGUUGCCACCGAACAGCUUGCCGCCGCUGCUGACCCAGAGGUCUCGUUCCCUGUGCUCGGAGCAAUUACCUAGCCCCCUCUUAUUGAAUCCUUGCAGAUGCAGAGUUUUCCUCAGCUAUGGAUGUUGUGCCUGGAAACCAGUCUUCACGUCGCACACCAGACCUGCCUUGGGACCACAGUUACUAGAACAGGUUCAAACUCAAGAGUCCUCCCUGUGUAUAUCAGUAUAGAUUUUUCUUUAACAAGUUAUUUUUAAGAUAGUAGUUUAGUAGUUUUUCCAAGCCAUAGCUUGGGUUAACGGACAAAUUCAAAAAUGUCUGCCAAUACCAAGGAUAUUCUUGUGUAUUUGAAAAGUAACUUAUUAUUUUAAGUUUUGUGGUUUUCUUUGUUUUGGGGAGCUGUCAUGAGCGGAUGUUUAUGUUUGAGGCCAUUAAACUGUCUCUGGUCUGACCAGACUGAAGUCAUCUUUACAGGAUGAUACUUAAUCUGUACAGAGAUGAACUUGAUCUGUGGCACCAGUGCAAUGUAGGGUCGGUCUCCAUUUGAGUGGGAUAGGAAGCCCUUUGUGGUUGAGGAGUUAGGAAGGAAGAUACUGCAGUCAGCUGAUUUGGAAGGCCAGAUGAAGCUGCCACGGGGUUUCUUAUCCGUCCUUUGGGACAGGGAGGCUGUGAUUGGGUGGGUAGCCACCCUCAUCUCCAAAGAAUGAAAUUUUAUCUUAAAAAACAUGUAUACCAGUCCUUUCUAAAGUGAAAGUCAUGCUGCAUCUAACUAAAAGUAUAAAUCCAUUAAGUAGAAAAUGAGUUCAGGAGAGUUCUGCAGAAACCCAAAACAAAAAUUUUUCACUGCUCAGAUGUGGAGUUCUUUUUUAAAAAGGAAAUGUAAUUAUUGGUGUGUAACAUUGGAGAUGAAUUCAUCUGCAUGUAUGUUCUGCAGCCGCCCCUGCACCCCAUCUCAGCAUGAGGCUGUGUUCAACACUGAACAACCCUGCAGCCCCCAGCUGCCUGCAAGAAAGCUCAUGAGCACACCGAGGUGAUAAGUGGUUGAAAAUUUUAGGGGGGACAGAGGAGCUGGGAAAUGAUUCUCUCUUGGUUCUCAGUUUAGCCCUUGAGAGGAAAGAGAUACAUAUUUUUAACAGCCUCUUGGGCAUGGCGCUCCCAAGUAUUUAAUUAAAAUUUCAGUGACUGUUUACUGGAUGACCUAGACUUUCCAUAUUUUUACUAAUUAAAUACAGUGUUUUCUAUAUCUUAAGUUUAAAUUUAUUAUUUUUAAUGUAAAUGUGAGAGCUUAAUAAACUUCUGUGAUGACUACCAAAAAAAAAAAAAGAAAGAAAGAAAAAAAAGCCAAAGCCAUUCAUGUGCACUACCCAGAUUAACAUGGAGCCAAGAUGGGUUUACUUCUGAAUGGUUGUCCAUAUGUGAAUUUAUAGGGUUUAGCUGGUUUGUGAUUUCCCUUUUCGAGAGUUUGUUCUCAUUUUUCCCUAGCUAUUUCUUCCCUCUCUUUCUCCCUGUCUUCAUUUUUUUUUUUUUUCAUAGUAGGCUCCACGCCUUACAUGGGGCUUGAACUUGUGACCCUGAGAUAAAGAGUCACGUGCUCUACCAACUGAGCCAGCUAGGCGCCCACCCUACCCCUCAUCCCCUUCAUUUUAAAAUCGUAAAUCAUUUCCGAGUGGUCAAUGGCACUAGUCUGUCUUUUACAUCAAAAUGACUCUCUCUUCAUUUUAGGAAAAAUAGCUUAUCUGAAAAAUUCCUUUGGGCAAAAAAAACCCCCAUGAAUUUGAAACUUAAAGCCUUAAAAAUCCACCCUCCAGGUGUGUUAGAGUGAGGCUAAUUGGCUCUAUAGCUUUCUUGUUCCACUGACAUGGAAAAUGGCCUGGAUCAAAAGCCCUGGUUUGAAAGUCACACUGUAGUGAUUUAACCUAUAAACACUGGUCCUCUGAUCACAAAAAAAUGUUCCUUCACUGAUUGACGUAGUAGUGUUUUCAUGUCCAGGGCGAAACAAAGAAAAUGAAAGAUACUUCUGUUAUAAUCCCCUUUUUUGUCAAGUUUGGGUAUUUAUUCUAUUUUAUAUCCAUUACCCCAGAAAAAAUGUGCUGUUUGCACAGUAUCUAUUUAUUUGCAGGUGUCUGAAAUCAAAUGGGAGCCUUACCUGUCUUUGUCCUUAAUGGUGUUGAGAAUAUCUUGCACAGAUUCAGAGGAUGUGAUUUUGACUGCACCUUGUAGCUGCCUUUGUUUUCCUCUAGCUCCAACUGUGAGUGUUGGGGUAAGCCGAUCACAGUGAUCAGGAACUAAAGCCAAAUGCAUUGUAGUUUGAUCUGUGUGUAUCCCCUAAAAACUCGUGGAAUUGUGAUUUUUAUAUCUUAAUUCUAAUUUAGGGUACAUUUCUGCCUUCUCUUAGUUUGUUACAUGACUAGAACAAGAGAAGCCUUAACCUAUAUUUGCUCCAAUUCUAAGCCCCCAUUUUUGUUUUUGUUUUUAUUAUAAAUUUAUAACUUUAUUGAAGAGACUAGUGCCCUCAUCCCACCUCAGCUCUGAAUCCGUCAGGACUUCCUGAAGCACUAAAUCCACAGUGCAAAGUUUUGCCAAAUAAGUUUCAACAAAACAGUUUUGUUCAUAAUGAAAGAUUUGGUCCAUUAGUAAAUCCACUAUAUACUUCCAUAAAGAUUUGUUUUAAGUAGUAGAUUCUUCCUCCAAAUGAUUACUUUGAAUCUGAUCUUUGGGGAGGAAAAAGUCUUAACUGGUUUCUCAUGAGGGUGGUAAGUCACACUGUGGUCAUCAGUAUAACCUCCUUGAGCAUCUCCCAGGCCGGAAAUGUGGCAGUAAUCAUGAGGAUUUCCAAGAACAAACCUAAUUUUUAUAAAGUGUUCUCUUCCCUAUAAAAAGAAGAGGAGAAAGCGUUUCCUUGUACACUUAAAACAAUGAUAAUGAUUGUUAUUCUGAUAUAUUUUGUUUCUAAAAAAUGUGAUAUUAAAGUAGAUGUAUCCCUUUAGCAUUACCUUAAAGGCUAGAACAGGAGGAUGAAUCUUCAAAAAAGUGUCACAGUACAUUUUCAAAUUUAAACUUGAACCCCAGUUCAUCUUUCGCUUUUGUUGUGCUUUUUUAAGGCUUCUUUAUUUUUGAUACACAGUAUGCAGUUGUACUUGGUCUUUUAAAAUUGAAACGUGAGCUUAUCAGAAAAAAAACAAAACUGCACAGUUGUAAUAAUCAAAUGCAAUUAUACUGCACAAUUCAGUGAUUGUAAAAUAUCCUGUAACGAGCAAUGUUUGUCUCCUAUUUUUUGAUACCUCUUAAACUUAUGUCUUUUAGAAAGACAGUGCCUCUGUAUGCUUUUUGUAUUUUUACUGAGUGUAAAUAUUUGUUAUAUUUUUGGUUAAGAGAAUGUAAAAGUACCAUUUAUUAUUAUCAUAUCUACUAAUACAUUGGUGGAAUCAAUAAAGAAUCUACAUUAA